AAAAAAAUAGAAAUUGUACUAGCAAUUGCUCCAUGAUCCUUGAUCAUCAAUUCUUCUUAAAAAAAAAAAAAUUGCAGUAAACAGAAAAGGAGAGACACUGAGUCACUGACACCGAUCAAAGUCCUUCCAUUUUCUCUCUCUUGUCAUGAUUCUUCCCUUUUAUCAUCAAUUGAAAACCCUAAUUAUUUCUCCAAACCAUAGAAAACAUUAAGAAUCUGAAUUGAGUUAAUCAAUCAAUCAAUUAAUAUCCAGAAUGGGUGUAAAGAGGCCGAAAAGUGGGCAUGAGAAGGCAAUUGUGGAUAUUUGGCAAAGAGAAGUUGGACAACUCUCUUCUAGAAGCUUUGCUCAUCGCCUCGCCGCUUCUGAAGAUCUUGUUCUAAGACUUGAUAUUUUGAGGAAGCUGGAAAAGCAUAGAGGCUGUGUCAAUACAGUGGGCUUCAACGCGUCUGGUGACAUUCUUGUGUCUGGCUCUGAUGACAGAAAAGUUAUAUUAUGGGAUUGGGAAGUUGGCCAUGCCAAACUCUCAUUUCAUUCUGGUCAUUGUAACAACGUGUUUCAGGCGAAAUUCAUGCCUUUCAGUGAUGACAACAUCAUUGUUACUUGCGCAGCAGAUGGCCAGGUUAGACAGGCACAAAUUCUUGAAGGUGGGCGUGUGGAGACCUCUUUGCUUGGUAGGCAUGAAAGUCGAGCUCACAAGUUGGCUAUUGAACCUGGAAGUCCUCACAUAUUUUAUACUUGCGCCGAAGACGGAAUGGUUCAGCAUUUUGAUCUGAGAACUAAAGAUCCUACAAGACUUUUUACCUGCCAUUCAACUUUUGAGUGGAGGAGUAACUUGACAGUUGUGCAAUUAAACACCAUUGCAAUUGAUCCUAGAAGUCCUAAUCUGUUUGCUGUUGGAGGGUCUGACGAUGAGUAUACUCGGGUUUAUGAUAUCCGGAAAUAUAAGUGGGAUGGUUCAACUGAUUUUGGCCAACCCGUAAACUUUUACUGCCCUCGACAUUUGGUUGGUAGUAAGCUAGUAGGGAUAACAGGUUUGGCAUUUUCUGACCAGAGUGAGCUUCUUGUGUCCUAUAAUCACGAGCACAUAUAUCUCUUCGCUAAAGAUAUGGGAUGGGGACCAAACCCUGAUCCGUCAUCUCCUGAGUCAGCAUGCAGUGAUACUGAUGAACCUGGGCAUGAUGAUCCCUUCGAGGCAGCUUCAGCUGUAACAGAUACAGAAAAAAGGCAUGUUCCCCAAGUGUUCAAGGGCCAUCUUAAUCGUGAGACAGUCAAGGGUGUAAGUUUCUUUGGGCCGAAGAGUGAGUAUGUGGCAAGUGGAUCUGAUUGUGGUCGGAUAUUUAUUUGGAGAAAGAAAAAUGGAGAGCUCAUCCGUGUCAUGGAAGCUGAUAAGCACGUGGUUAAUUGCAUUGAGGCACAUCCACAUACUGCAGUUCUUGCCAGUAGUGGAAUUGAGAGUGAUAUCAAGAUAUGGACUCCUAAGGCAGAGGAAAGAGCUACUUUGCCUGCCAACAUAGACGAGUUGAGGCCAAGGCAAAGGGACUGGAUGUAUCAUGUGACUUCGCCUGAGGAGCUGCUUUUGCAAUUAGUUUCACUGGAAAACCGCCUGUCAAGAACAGAGCAAAGCGGAACUUCUGGGUCUGGACAGGACUUCAUAGAACUUAUUCUGUCACUAAGAGGGCGCAAUGGUGGUUCAUCUGAUGAUGGAGGAGAUGAUGACAGUGGCCCUGAAGAUUUCUUCAGCUGAUUCAACUUCAUCUUUCCCUCUCAUGGCAAAGGCCAAAGGGUCAUGAGAUUUUAACUUGUAUAUAUUGUCAUAGCGAAUAAUUAUCAAUUACUCCGCGGUAAUUGUUUAAAUGAUUUAUCUCAUCACAUCACGUCUUUCCUUUUAACUAAAAUCUUCAGCUUCUGCUCUUCAUCUUAUGUGUAUAUAUUAUAUAGCCUUUUUCCCUCUUCUCA